AUGGGCACGGAGAUUUCUCAGCCGGAUGUCGAGGAACCGACGGAACCUCCUAUAUGUUCUUCUAUCCAUGAAGAACCCAAUAAACAUAAACCCAGCUCUACCUUAGGCCCUCAGGUCCGGGUAGACCAUUGUCCUGCCAACUACCAGGACUGGCACGCCUAUUAUCAGCAUGCCCAUACUAUCUCCAUUGCAGAUACUGCUCGGAUUUUGCGAGUUGAUCUACAACAUGGGCUUAGUAGUACCGAAGCGUCAUCUCGCCUUGAGCGGGAUGGACCUAACAAGAUUAAGAGUGCGGAGGGGAUAUCCAUGUGGAAAAUUUUGCUAAGGCAGGUGUCAAACAGUUUGACUUUAGUACUCUUGAUAACGAUGGCCUUGUCCUUUGGAAUCAACGAUUAUAUUGAAGGUGGAGUGAUUACAGCUGUAAUUCUCCUCAACAUCGUCGUUGGAUUCGUCCAAGACUACCGUGCAGAAAAGACAAUCUUAUCUCUUCAAGCCCUAUCUGCUCCGACCUGCAAAGCUAUUCGUGAUGGUAGAAUCGACUCCAUCAAGGCAGAAACCUUGGUGGUAGGUGACGUCGUCCAACUAGCAGUUGGAGACAUGGUACCCGCUGAUCUAAGAUUAUUUGAUGGUGUGAAUGCUUCUACUGAUGAGGCCCUCUUAACUGGAGAAUCGAUGCCUAUAUCUAAACACCCAGGUGCUCUCUUCACUACCAAAGAUAUGGCAGUUGGAGACCGUACAAAUAUGGCUUACUCUGGAAGUAUCAUGACAAGAGGCCGAGCCACUGGAGUAGUCAUAUCGAUAGGCAUGGAUACAGAAGUCGGGAAAAUCGCACAACUUCUUCGUGACAACACUCUUCAGGCAGAAAAUGCCUCUAUCUACACCCGGGUAUGGAAGCGAUUUAAGAGGAGCUUCGACCAGGUUUUAGGCCUGGUUGGCACGCCUUUACAAGUGAAACUCAGCAAAUUCGCCCUUUUGCUUUUUGCCCUUGCCAUAAUGCUUGCUAUUAUUGUUUUCUCUGCAAACAAGUGGCAUGUCCAAGGCGAGGUCCUCAUUUACGGUAUUUGCGUUGCUGUUGCCGUUAUCCCAGAAUCGCUGAUUGCGGUGUUGACCAUUACUGUUGCUGUUGGUACUAAAUCUAUGGCAAAAGGCAAUGUCAUUGUCAGAAAGCUCCAAGCUCUCGAAGCUGUGGGAGGAGUGACCAACAUCUGCUCUGAUAAAACUGGCACCCUCACCCAGGGCAAGAUGAUUGCUCGCAAAGCCUGGAUACCCGGAACCGGCACUCUCACCAUCCACGACACCAACAGUCCAUUUAAUCCUAGCAGUGGUCUUCUCCAAAUUGGCGGGAAAGAAUUACAACCAAACAACCUUGAACAAAACCCAUCAUUGACAAAAUUCUUGCAUACAAUCGCGCUCUGCAAUCUAUCUUCAGUAUACAAUCCGGAUAGCAAGCUAUCCACUGAGGGCUCUCCCGCUGCUUCCACAAAGGGCGGAGACUGGGUCGCGGUUGGAGAACCCACCGAAAUCGCCCUUCAUGUGCUUGCCAUCAGGUUUAACUCUGGGAAAGGCACUGUUCUCGAAAAUAAUGGUUUGGAACUUGUUUCUGAGUUCCCGUUCGAUUCUGCCAUUAAACGAAUGACCGUUGUUUAUAGGAAAGCUGGAUCUGAACAUGCGGCAGCCUACUCAAAGGGUGCUACAGAAUCCAUGCUUCCACUUUUAUCAAUAGACGACGACAUGAAGCAGGAAAUCCGGGCAAAGGUCGACAGAAUGGCAGGUGAAGGUCUUCGAGUCCUGUGUAUUGCACACAAAACCCUAUCCCCUGAAACCUUGAACAACCUCCCUGAUCGGAAAGAGCUUGAGACGGAUCUCGAUUUUGUGGGCCUAGUUGGCCUCUAUGACCCUCCCCGCAUGGAAACAGCGGGAGCUGUCCGUAAAUGUCACAUGGCUGGCAUCACGGUCCAUAUGUUGACGGGAGAUCACAUCAAGACCGCCACAGCCAUCGCUUAUGAAGUUGGAAUCCUUGGGAACUUGACCCCGAAUGUCCGAGCAAGCAAGGUUGUUAUGGCAGCCGAUGAAUUUGACAAAAUGACAGAUGACGAAAUCGAUGCAAUUGAAGCUCUCCCGCUUGUUAUCGCCAGAUGCAGCCCGUCAACCAAGGUCCGCAUGGUAGAAGCCAUGCACCGACGCGGGGCUUACUGCGUCAUGACCGGUGACGGAGUGAAUGAUUCUCCAGCUUUGAAGCGCGCUGAUGUUGGAAUUGCCAUGGGCAAGAACGGAAGUGAUGUGGCCAAAGCUGCCGCAGACAUGGUUCUAACGGAUGACGAUUUUGCAUCAGUAGUCAAAGCCGUGGAGGAAGGACGACGCCUCUUUGACAAUAUUCAGAAGUUUUUGAUGCACUUGUUGAUAUCUAAUAUUGCUCAAGUCAUCCUCCUGCUGAUUGCGCUGGCUUUCAAAGACAACGAGGGAAACUCUGUGUUCCCGCUUUCACCUCUGGAGAUCCUUUGGGCAAAUCUAAUCACAUCCUCUUUCCUGGCUCUUGGCCUCGGCCUGGAGGAGGGCCAGGCGGAUAUCAUGUACCGUCCCCCACACGACCUGCGUAUCGGAGUUUUCACAAAGGAACUCAUUGUCGAUAAAAUGAUAUACGGUACCUUUAUGGGGAGUCUCUGUUUGGUCUCCUUCGUCUCCGUCGUUUACGGUGUCGGAGGUGGCUCCCUAGGCCAGGACUGUAACGAAGGCUGGAACUCAAGUUGUGACACUGUUUUCCGUGCCCGUGCCACUACCUUCGCGACACUGUCUUUCCUUCUUCUGGUGACAGCCUGGGAAGUGAAGCAUUUCUCUCGUUCAUUAUUCAAUCUCGACCCAGCUCGCUAUCCUGGCGUUUUCUCUAUCUUCCCAUCCCUCUGGCGAAACAGAUUCCUCUUCUGGGCUGUUGCAGCUGGAUUUGUUACAACCUUCCCCGUCAUCUACAUACCCGUCGUUAACAAGCUUGUCUUCAAACACAUUGCCAUAUCAUGGGAGUGGGGUAUUGUGGCGGGUUGUAUGGCCGUCUAUGUUGCUUUGAUUGAAAGUUGGAAGGCAGUUAAGCGGGCUCUGAAGAUUGGAAGUGCUGGUACAUCUCUGGUUACCAUGCAAGACGCAGAGAUGAGAGCCGGCCUUUUCAUGUCGGAUAGCAUUCUGACCGAUAGUGUCAUCACCUCUCGGGAAGAGACCAUGGAGAAGAAAGAAUGA